AUGACCUUCAUUAUAUAUUUGGCUUUGCUUUGCUUUGUGGUAGGGUUGGUAGGGGUUGCUUCUAAUCCAUCCCCUUACUUUGCUGCUUUCGGGCUAGUUUUAGUUGCAGGUAUGGGAUGCGGUAUUCUACUCGGACAUGGGGGGGCUUUUUUAUCCCUAAUUUUACUGCUAAUUUAUUUGGGGGGAAUGCUAGUGGUAUUUGCGUAUUCGGCUGCUUUAGCAGCCGAGCCAUACCCUGAAAGCUGGGGAAGCCGGCCGGUUGUCGCGGCCAUUUUUCUUUACAUAGGGGCGGUAGGCGUAGCGCUAGGGUGAGCUUACGGGGGAUGAUACGAGGUGUCGUGAACACUGGCCGAUGAGUUUGGGGAAUUUUCUCUAUUACGGGGGGAUAUGGUAGGAGUUGCAUUAAUAUAUGGGUCGGGGGGCUGAAUAUUAGUAAUUAGUGCUUGAGUUCUCUUCUUGACCCUCUUAGUAGUAUUAAGUUUAACACGGGGUUUAAGUCGGGGAGCACUUCGUGUGGUUUAA